GUCGCAAGGGUAGUAUGGCUCUAGCGACUUUCGGAACUUCUUUGGCAGUAUUCUUGUUUUCUGCUGUCAGUUCGCAUACUGCUGAAGUCAUUUCUUCUGCAAUGUUCAAUUUUUUGGCAACUCUUAAUUAUUCUGUAAUAUACGCCUACACACCUGAGGUAUUUGAAGUUAGACUAAGAGGUACUGCAUGUGGAAUUAGUUCUGCGCUUGGAAGAAUUGCCGGUAUCAUUGCUCCGUUAGUUACGGGAUUGCUACUUUCUAUCAAUAUUUCUAUAGCUUUUUAUUUAUCUUCAUUUCUUUUUGCAUUAUCUGGCAUUUGUAUGGUAUUAUUACCAAUUGAAACUAAAGGAAGACAAGCUUAA